AUGUUGAACCAUUCCCAUUCCCGGCCCGAUUCCCGCUCCCCGUUCCUCCACCACGGCCUCGCCGACGACGACACGGAGCACCGGGCGGCGCAGCAGGGGAUGGACCCGCCGUCGUCGUCGGGCCGCCCCGCCCCCACCACGCCGCGGCGGCAGCUGCAGGGCCCGCGCCCGCCCAGGCUCAACGUCCGGAUGGAGUCGCACGCCAUCAAGAAGCCCUCGGGGUCGUCGGGGGUUGUUCCGCUCGGGGGGCAGGGGCAGGGGAGGCCGCGGGACCCCCACCACCAGCAGCCGCAGCCCGGGCGGGCGCCCGUCAUCAUCUACGACGCGUCGCCCAAGGUCAUCCACGCCAAGCCCAGCGAGUUCAUGGCGCUCGUGCAGCGCCUCACGGGCCCCGGCGUUGGCGGUGGAUCCGGCUCCGGCACGCCGCCUCCUCCGCCGCCGCCCGACGCGCAGUACGACGACGACGACGCCAUGCUGCUGGGGCAGGCGUUCCUGCCGCCCGAGCUGCUGCUCUCGCCGUCCGCCGCCAUGUCCCCGGCCGCGCGCCUGGCCACCAUCGAGCGGUCCGUGCGGCCCAUGCCCUCCGCGCCGGUGGCAACGGACUACGACGUCGACGUACAGGGUUCCCGCGGCGGCGACGACGGCGGCACCCUCGCGGCGGUGCUGGGCCCGGCGCGCCACCCCAGCAUCCUGUCCCCGCUGCCGUCCUCGCUGCCCCCCGCCGCCGCGUCGGGCCUGUUCUCGCCGCUGCCCUUCGACGCCAGCAGCAUCAGCUGGCUCAACGAGCUCAGCCCGAUCCUCCGGGCAGCAGCAGCAGCAGCGUCCACGGCCAACGCCGGCGCCGGCGCCUCUUCGUCCGGCUUCGGCCCGGGCGGCGCCACGAGCAACGGCGGCGGAUCCCGGGCGCCGCCGCCGGCGUACUACUCCGACCCGUUCGUCCCCAGCCCCCGCAACCUCCUCGCCACGCCCACUGUGCCGUCGCCGGCCACGUGCGCCGAGUUCUUCGGCAGCCUGCCGGAUCUUUAG